AUGGCAAUAUGUGAUCAUCUGGAUGUAACCAAGCCGAAGAUCGGACUGCGAACAUUCCCAUUUCCCAAGGAAAGCGACCAUUGGGAUCGUGUCCUCGUCCAGUUCGCCCAAGCAUGCAGAGCGCGGGUUGGGCUUGACAGUUCCAAGCCUGACAUACUGACAGUCUCUGCCGCACUCGGCAUACUGUGCAGAAUACCCUUGUACAUUCCCGUCUCCAAGCUCAAGAUGCGGCUGUACCGUACCCAAUCAUUUGAGGAGCGUUGUUUUGCCUCACUUCUGGACUGGACAGUAUGGGACUUCAGACUGUAUUUCGCGAAGGAUUCAACGGCAAGCUCGCAUAUGAGGUCGCCAUAUUUCAUGAACUGCUCACUGCGUUUCACGUGGUACUUGGGGUACAAUCGACGCAAUAAUAGGAUCACGGCUAUUGAGACAGCGGCUAUUGUUGUCGAUUUCGCAACACCCCGCAGAGCUCUUUGA